ACUCGCUGCGAAUUUCCCGGAUAGAGUUUUGUCGCCAUAUUUAGUGCAGUGUCGCCGGUUACAGUGUACGAGGAUUUUAAGCUGCCGUUGAUUCACUAAGUAACCCAGUAUAGUAUAUUUAUUCACUUGCUUAUAACCUUUUCAUCCGUCUGCACAAAAAACAACGUCGCUUACCAUUUCCACCUCCUCCCGAUCCCCAAGUAACCAUGGCAGAUCGAGAGCACUUGGUGUACCAGGCUAAACUAGCAGAGCAAGCAGAGAGAUACGAUGAAAUGGUGGAGACGAUGAAGAAUGUUGCAGGGAAGGACAUCGAGCUCACAGUAGAGGAGAGAAACCUGUUAUCAGUUGCAUAUAAGAAUGUGAUUGGAGCACGGAGAGCCUCCUGGAGGAUAAUCAGCAGCAUUGAGCAGAAAGAGGAGAGCAAGGGCGGAGAGGACAAACUCAAAAUGAUCCGAGAAUACAGACAAACGGUUGAGAAUGAGCUGAAAUCUAUUUGCAAUGACAUACUGGAUGUACUGGACAAACACCUCAUUCCUGCAGCCAACACAGGAGAAUCCAAAGUAUUCUACUACAAAAUGAAGGGUGACUACCACAGGUACCUUGCAGAGUUUGCCACGGGUAAUGACAGGAAGGAAGCAGCAGAGAACAGUUUGGUUGCGUACAAAGCUGCCAGUGACAUUGCCAUGAUUGAGCUCCCACCCACACAUCCCAUCCGGCUCGGCCUAGCUCUCAACUUCUCCGUCUUUUACUAUGAGAUCCUUAACUCCCCCGACCGUGCAUGCAGGUUGGCGAAGGCAGCGUUUGAUGAUGCUAUAGCGGAACUGGACACGCUGAGUGAGGACAGUUACAAGGACUCUACACUCAUCAUGCAGCUGUUACGGGACAACCUGACACUGUGGACUUCAGACAUGCAGGGUGACGGUGAAGAACAAAAUAAACCAGCACAGCAAGAUGCUGAGGAGGAAACCCAGUGAGAUGUCAACGCCAACAUACUAAACCACCUCUCUCUCUCUCUCUCUCUGUCUGUCUGUUGCUCUCUCUUUCUCAUUCAUCCCUGCCCUCAGGGAAACCACAUGGUGUCAUAGAGAAGAGUUCAGAUGCUGAAUGCUGUUUCUGUCCAUCCCUGUUUUAUCACUUUAUCUGUCUGUUUUUUCCUCUCUCACAUUUCUCCUUGUUUCGUACCUUUGCUGUCAUGUAUCUGACAUCUACAGUUGUUUGGAGUCAUUGAGAUCUUUAUGUUUUUGAAAGAAGUCUCUUAUGCUCACCAAGGCUGCAUUUAUUGGAUCAAAAAUACAGUAAAAACUGUAAUAUUGUGAAAUAUUCUACUUUUUUUAUAUAUAUAUUUUAAAAUGUAAUUUAUUCCUACAAUGCAAAGCUGAAUUUUCAGCAUCAUUACUCCAGUCUUCAGUGUCACAUGAUUCUUCAGAAAUCUUUCUAAUAUGCUGAUUUGCUGCUCCACUAUUAAUAUUGGUGCUCGAUUAUUAAUAAUGGUUCUUAUCAAUGUUGAAAAGUUCCAAUAAA